GUGACGCGCCCGGACGCCGCUCCUCCCCGUUGACCACCGAGGAGAGAAAGUUCCCCCUCUGACUUUGUAAUCAUCCAGAUGGAGCGAGAGUUUGACGCAGGGUCUUCUUUUUCCAAGCGAGGAAGAAAGUUGGUUUCAUGAACUCACUCAACUGUUAGAAAAAAAGUAGCUUUCGGUCUUUUUUGUCUUCUCUCAAAGCGUUGCGGCAUCAUGAAGCCUGCGCUGCUCUCCGGCGUCUCUCUGUGGACUCUCGCGGUCUUCUGCGCCGUACUGGAGAUCUCUCAAGCAGAAUGUGUCAAGAGUGCUUGUGAAGGCAAUGUCAUAGGAACAUCAACAACAACAAGCACAGCAGUCACAUUUGGAUCCAUAGCUAACUGCACCAUCUUCAAUGGGAACAAGUCCUCUGAAAAUGGUUCGAUCGGUGGUUUGAUUCCUGGAGCAAGCUAUCAAAUCUUCUUUGAGUGUUUUAACUGCUGCCAAGAGGCCACCACGAAGCCACUAGCAGUCACGAACCUCACUGACACUAAUAUCACGGCUUCCUCUAUAUCUCUGAAGUGGAGUAAACCGGAGGGGAACAGCUCUUUCUACAGAGUACGGUGGACUGAUGGAGACUUUGAUGAGACGACUGGAGCAUCUGUGAUGAUCACUGGUCUGACUCCUGGGGUCAAGUUCAGCAUAAAUGUCACUGCAGUGGCAGAUGAUGGGCUUACUGAAGGAGAGAAAGCCACUCUUUCUCUGUACACAAGACCUGGUGAAAUUGAGGAACCUAGUGUGUCCACAAACACCUCCUCCAUCUCUCUGAACUGGACCUCACCUCCGGGUGAGGUGUUCAAGUACAGGUUGGAGUGGCAUAAUGGUGGAGCGCUGAUGACGAGUCACACCAGCAGCACCUUCAGCGUGCUAUCAGGCCUCAUCCCUGGUACCAACUACACAAUCUCAGUCAUUGCCGUCGCCGGAGACAAUCAGACGGAAGGAGACCCUCACACAUUCACCUCAGUCACAAAGCCAGCUGGAGUCGGAAACCUCACUGUCGGUGGAUUCACGACUUCCUCUAUAUCUCUGAAGUGGACUAAACCAGAGGGAAACAGCUUUUGCUAUAGAGUACAGUGGACUGAUAGAACACAUAACUGGGGUGUCAGUGUCGCUGAAACUAAAAUAAACGUCACUGAGCUGACGGCUGGAGUGCUUUACAGUUUCUCUGUCAUAGCAGUGGCUGGAGAUAACAAAACAGAGAGUGAAGUGUCUGAGAUUGUUCACUAUACAAGACCUGGUGAAAUUGAGGAACCUAGUGUGUCCACAAACACCUCCUCCAUCUCUCUGAACUGGACCUCACCUCCGGGUGAGGUGUUCAAGUACAGGUUGGAGUGGCAUAAUGGUGGAGCGCUGAUGACGAGUCACACCAGCAGCACCUUCAGCGUGCUAUCAGGCCUCAUCCCUGGUACCAACUACACAAUCUCAGUCAUUGCCGUCGCCGGAGACAAUCAGACGGAAGGAGACCCUCACACAUUCACCUCAGUCACAAAGCCUGAAGUAGUCAGCAAUAUCACAGUCACUAAGAUCACAACUUCCUCUAUAUCUCUGAAAUGGACUAAAUCAGAGGGAAACAGCUCUUUCUACAGAGUACAGUGGACUGAUGGAAAUGUAACUGACAGUGCCAAUGUGACUCAAACAAAUAUAACCAUUACUAAACUGACUGCUGGUGUCCAGUAUGAAAUAACUGUUACUGCAGUGGCAGAUGACGGCAGAACUGACGGACAGAGUACCACUGUUUCUCAAUACACAAAGCCAGCUGGAGUCGGAAACCUCACUGUCGGUGGAUUCACGACUUCCUCUAUAUCUCUGAAGUGGACUAAACCAGAGGGAAACAGCUUUUGCUAUAGAGUACAGUGGACUGAUAGAACACAUAACUGGGGUGUCAGUGUCGCUGAAACUAAAAUAAACGUCACUGAGCUGACGGCUGGAGUGCUUUACAGUUUCUCUGUCAUAGCAGUGGCUGGAGAUAACAAAACAGAGAGUGAAGUGUCUGAGAUUGUUCACUAUACAAGACCUGGUGAAAUUGAGGAACCUAGUGUGUCCACAAACACCUCCUCCAUCUCUCUGAACUGGACCUCACCUCCGGGUGAGGUGUUCAAGUACAGGUUGGAGUGGCAUAAUGGUGGAGCGCUGAUGACGAGUCACACCAGCAGCACCUUCAGCGUGCUAUCAGGCCUCAUCCCUGGUACCAACUACACAAUCUCAGUCAUUGCCGUCGCCGGAGACAAUCAGACGGAAGGAGACCCUCACACAUUCACCUCAGUCACAAAGCCUGAAGUAGUCAGCAAUAUCACAGUCACUAAGAUCACGACUUCCUCUAUAUCUCUGAAAUGGACUAAACCAGAGGGAAACAGCUCUUUCUACAGAGUACAGUGGACUGAUGGAAAUGUAACUGUUAGUGCCAAUGUGACUCAAACAAAUAUAACCAUUACUAAACUGACUGCUGGUGUCCAGUAUGAAAUAACUGUUACUGCAGUGGCAGAUGACGGCAGAACUGACGGACAGAGUACCACUGUUUCUCAAUACACAAGACCUGGUGAAAUUGAGGAACCUAGUGUGUCCACAAACACCUCCUCCAUCUCUCUGAACUGGACCUCACCUCCGGGUGAGGUGUUCAAGUACAGGUUGGAGUGGCAUAAUGGUGGAGCGCUGAUGACCGGUUACACCAGCAGCACCUUCAGCGUGCUAUCAGGCCUCAUCCCUGGUACCAACUACACAAUCUCAGUCAUUGCCGUCGCCGGAGACAAUCAGACGGAAGGAGACCCUCACACAUUCACCUCAGUCACAAAGCCUGAAGUAGUCAGCAAUAUCACAGUCACUAAGAUCACGACUUCCUCUAUAUCUCUGAAAUGGACUAAACCAGAGGGAAACAGCUCUUUCUACAGAGUACAGUGGACUGAUGGAAAUGUAACUGACAGUGCCAAUGUGACUCAAACAAAUAUAACCAUUACUAAACUGACUGCUGGUGUCCAGUAUGAAAUAACUGUUACUGCAGUGGCAGAUGACGGCAGAACUGACGGACAGAGUACCACUGUUUCUCAAUACACAAAGCCAGCUGGAGUCGGAAACCUCACUGUCGGUGGAUUCACGACUUCCUCUAUAUCUCUGAAGUGGACUAAACCAGAGGGAAACAGCUUUUGCUAUAGAGUACAGUGGACUGAUAGAACACAUAACUGGGGUGUCAGUGUCGCUGAAACUAAAAUAAACGUCACUGAGCUGACGGCUGGAGUGCUUUACAGUUUCUCUGUCAUAGCAGUGGCUGGAGAUAACAAAACAGAGAGUGAAGUGUCUGAGAUUGUUCACUAUACAAGACCUGGUGAAAUUGAGGAACCUAGUGUGUCCACAAACACCUCCUCCAUCUCUCUGAACUGGACCUCACCUCCGGGUGAGGUGUUCAAGUACAGGUUGGAGUGGCAUAAUGGUGGAGCGCUGAUGACGAGUCACACCAGCAGCACCUUCAGCGUGCUAUCAGGCCUCAUCCCUGGUACCAACUACACAAUCUCAGUCAUUGCCGUCGCCGGAGACAAUCAGACGGAAGGAGACCCUCACACAUUCACCUCAGUCACAAAGCCUGAAGUAGUCAGCAAUAUCACAGUCACUAAGAUCACAACUUCCUCUAUAUCUCUGAAAUGGACUAAACCAGAGGGAAACAGCUCUUUCUACAGAGUACAGUGGACUGAUGGAAAUGUAACUGUUAGUGCCAAUGUGACUCAAACAAAUAUAACCAUUACUAAACUGACUGCUGGUGUCCAGUAUGAAAUAACUGUUACUGCAGUGGCAGAUGACGGCAGAACUGACGGACAGAGUACCACUGUUUCUCAAUACACAAGACCUGGUGAAAUUGAGGAACCUAGUGUGUCCACAAACACCUCCUCCAUCUCUCUGAACUGGACCUCACCUCCGGGUGAGGUGUUCAAGUACAGGUUGGAGUGGCAUAAUGGUGGAGCGCUGAUGACCGGUUACACCAGCAGCACCUUCAGCGUGCUAUCAGGCCUCAUCCCUGGUACCAACUACACAAUCUCAGUCAUUGCCGUCGCCGGAGACAAUCAGACGGAAGGAGACCCUCACACAUUCACCUCAGUCACAAAACCGUCUGUGGUCAGGAAUCUCUCCAUCAUUGAUGUCACAACAUCGUCUAUGUUCCUGACCUGGACUGAACCUGAUGGCAAUGCUACCUCUUACACAGUUCAGUGGUCUUUAAGAAAUGACACCUUGAGUAACACCACCACUGAAACCUCUUUUACCAUCGACAAGUUGGACCCCGGAGUCCAGUACAACGUCACAGUGACUGCUGUAGCUGUAUAUUCCUUAAACAAAGGAGAAGGAAUCUUAAAAAGGUCUUUCACAAGGCCUGAAAAGCCUGAUUACAUUAUGGUGACAGCACAAGGAACCAAUUACCUGGACAUCAGCUGGAAUUUGCCUCGUGGGAGGGCCGAUCACUACGUGGUGAACAUCUCAAAUGAGGGACAUAUUGAUUUGUAUAGCAACACAACAGCAGUCACCAUAGCCCUCUUUACUGAUUUAAAUCCUGGAGACUAUUUUUUCAUCACUGUGACCGCCGUAGCUGGGAGCUUCACUAAUACGUCUGAUCAGUCUUCAUUUGCCACUGAGCCCACACCUCCGGGUUCCAUCAUCAUCAUCAGUCAGGGAACAUACUCGCUUCAUCUUAAAUGGGCGACUCCUGCUUUGAUGGAGGAAGCUCCAGACAUCAGCUACAUUAUCACCUACCAGCCAGAGGGUGGCAAAGUACAAAAUAACAGCACCUGGUUCAAUACCACAGAGCUGUCCUCUCUUUUGUCUGGAACGUCCUACAAUAUAACUGUAGAAACAGUUGGACCCCAUAAUUUGAGUAGCACGGCCGUCCAUAAUUCCGCUUUCACCUUGCCCGAACCAGUGUACCACCUCACAGUGGGGGACGUGAACACAACAUCCAUCCAGCUGACGUGGCUCAGACCAAUUGAUCACAAGCCUUCCUACUCCUACCUGGUGAUAGCUCUCCAGGACGCCAUGGUGGUUCAGAAUGAAUCGACCAAGACUGAAAAUUACACCUUCUUCCAUCUGACCCCGGAAACCUCUACACUUUUCCAUGUAUUUGUUGUUGUAGCAGGGGUCAAGUCCGCAGUGGAGAGCAUCCAAAGUUACACAAAGCCUGAAGCAGUUUCUGGCCUCAUGGCCAUAGUAAACACAACGACCAUGUCAGUUAGCUGGACAUCAGCAGUUGGACAGGUGGUCUCCUACACCGUACUGCUGUACAGAGGCAGUCACUUGGUGGCAAACAACACGGACCUGAGCAACACGACUGUGAACCAACUGUUUCAGGGCCUGACUCCAGGAGUGCUUUACUGUGUGGAAUUGCUCACCAAAAGUGGACAUUUUGAGAGCAGAAACUCAAGUGUUUGCAACGCAACUUUUCCCAACCCUCCAGGCACCAUCAUGGUGGAGUCUCAGACUGUGACGUCCAUCAACUUCACCUGGGCCUCUCCAAAGGACAUGGACCAUGAUCAGUACAACUUCCGUGUGUCCAGCUUUAACGGUGCCGUUGUGACCGGAAACAACUGGUACCUGCUGAAUAACCUCCAGUCUGGAAGCCCCAACAAUAUCUCUGUUGUUACUGUUGGUGUGUGGAACUAUGAGAGCACUGCCGUGACUACAGAAAACUAUACCAGACCAUAUCCUGUCACAAUGCUGAGACAGACAGAAAUCAGCACAAAUGCGGUGACCUUGGAGUGGGAACCGCCCGAGAACAAAUCUCACUACUCAUAUAUUGUAGAGACCACAAAUGGCUCAUUUCUUCAAUCUGAAGCAGUCGCAAACCAACACAAAGUAAUCACUGGACUUCUCUCCGGGAGCAACUACAGCUUCACCGUCACCACACAGACACCAGAUGGCACUCAGUCAGCUCCUGUGACAGUGUUCUACUGUACACGUCCAUACAGUAUUGCACGGGUGGAAUCUGAAACCUUAAACACAACUGCUGUACUUCUGGUUUGGACGAAACCACCGGAGUACAAGCCUGAAUACACAUACCUGGUUCUGACCACAGGCUGUUGCUCCCAAAUCAAAACCUUUGCAGGAGAAGUGGCAGAGAUUUCUGAGCUCACCCCUGGGACCAACUGCACCUUCUGUGUUGUUGUCAGGGCAGCGGAUGGCAUCGAGGGGAAAGCGAGCUGCACCUCUCAGUACACCAAGCCUGAGGCAGUGCAACCACAUAUCUCCAGCCUGGGCUACAAUAGUUCAAUCCUGGUGUCAUGGAACCAACCUCCUGGGAAAGUGGAGCAUUAUAAGGUUUAUCUUAACAGCACGCCCCCGACUUUAAAGGAGCUGAACUCUAACAUUACCGACUUUCUGUUUGGCAACUUGUCCGCUGGAAGGCGCUACACUGCCGUGGUAACUACAUGUAGUGGACCCUUCAAUGCGUCAUCUGGCUUUAUUACUAAUGCAACUUACCCUAACCCUCCCGGGUCGAUUAGCGUCUGGAUGAAGACAACCAGCUCCAUUGACAUCAGCUGGAACGAAGCACCUCUGAUGGCAGGUGCAAUCUUCCACUACCAGUUGACGGACCUAUCACUCCAGGGAGAAGAAAACAACAGUACCACCAACACCACCUACACCAAUCAUUAUUUUACCUCCCUGCUUUCUGGGACUUCCUACAACAUCUCCAUAGCAACAGUGGGUGCGAUGGGUUUUAAGAGUGAGAAGGUUCAUAUCAACAAGGUCACUACAAGACCGUUGAGCGUGAACCUUCUUACGGUUUCUUCAGAAGACGAGGGCAUCGCUGUCAUGUGGGAUGCACCUGAUGACUACCAGGAAAGCUAUAGUUACUAUCUGACCUGGCAAAGCACAGAUGGGCCCAUUAGUGGUAGAUUAAUACGAGAACACAUGUAUAUGCUUGAUAACCUGGAUCCUGGCAAACAAUAUAACAUAAGUGUCACCACAGAGACCUUUGAUGAAACCGAAGGUGCUCCAAGAUGGAAUUCUACCUGCACAAAGGCAAGCCCAGCGAAAAACUUGAAAUGUUACGGUCCAAACAGCAGAAACGCUAAAGUCAUCCUGACCUGUAACAUGCCCAAUGGACAAUACUCUGGCUUCGAGGUCACUGUAAGGGAUGGCGAGAGCAAUACGACACACACCUGUAAUCACACUGUGUCCAACCUCCGUCACGACACUCAAUACUUUCUGAAUGUGACGACUCAGAGUUGUGGACCACCCAGCACCUCUGUGACUCGUUCCUGCUGGACAGGCAUCACAAACCCACCCAUUCCAGAGAACUAUGAGUCACUUGUGGUGUUGAGCAACAAAGAAUACAACAAGUUCACCCUUCAGAUCAAAACCAGCCUGCUGAACAGCAUCAAUGGGCCAAUCACACAUAUCGGGGUGCUGGUGACAGAUGCUGCCCCUGGAGACAUUUCUGACUCAAAUGAGUAUGUGGGAAAAACUCAUAAACAGUGGCAGGAAAAGGAUACCCCAGUAUACAUGGCAACAGUUGUAGAGAACACCUUCCUAUCACGCAGUGGAGGAGAGAGCCAUCUGAACAUAGAAAUAGGAAACAAAUCCAAAUGGAAGGGCUACACUAAUGGUGCUUUGGAGGCCAAUGGAAGAUACCAAUAUGCUAUUGUGUUGUUCACCAGUCUGGAUCUGCAGACGACCUUAGUGAAUGGUCAAAAUUCACUGAUAAGUAUAACCAACUUCUUUCCUGCUGCUCAACUCCCACAGAACCCAGCUGUCAUUGGCAUUGCUGUCGGAGUAACAUUGGGAAUUUUUUGCGUUCUCAUCAUCAUCCUCAUUGGCUUCAUUAUCUACUGGAAAAGGUUAUCCAACAAAGAAUCGCCAGACAUCCAGAUUCAAUCCAUGAGAGCCAAAGUAAGUGUGGCUGUGAGGGUGGAGGAGUAUGCGGCUUACUACAAGAAGCAGAGAGCAGACUCAAACUGUGGCUUUGCUGAAGAGUUUGAGGACCUGAAGCUUGUUGGUACAGCUCAGGUGAAAAUGAACGCUCAGACAUUGGAGAACAAACCCAAGAACCGCUACAACAACGUGCUUCCUUAUGACUCCUCUAGGGUGAAACUCUCUAUUAUCCAUGGAAGUCCAUAUGAUGACUACAUCAAUGCUAACUACAUGCCGGGUUACAACUCCAGGAAGGAAUAUAUCGCUGCUCAGGGUCCGUUGCCCACCUCAGUCAGCGAGUUCUGGAGGAUGAUCUAGAAGAACGUCCAGACUCUGGUCAUGCUGACACGCUGUAUCGAACAGGGACGAGUGAAAUGUGAGCAAUACUGGGAUCAUGGCACCAAGCACUUUGAAAACAUUAAUGUGACAACAACCUCUGAAGCAAAACUUGAAGACUGGACCAUCAGGGAAUUUCACAUAAAAAAUGUAAAAACAGCAGAGACACGUUCAGUGCAUCACUUCCACUUCACAGCGUGGCCAGAUCACGGAGUCCCACAGAGCACUGAGCUCCUCAUCAGCUUCAGACACAUGGUCAGAGAGCACAUGGACCAAUACUCCAGACACUCUCCUACUGUGGUCCAUUGCAGUGCUGGUGUUGGACGCACAGGAACCUUCAUUGCCAUCGACCGUUUGAUCUUCCAGAUUGAAAGGGAAAAUGUUGUGGACUUGUACGGCAUCGUCCACGAUCUGCGCAUGCACCGGCCCCUUAUGGUGCAGACAGAGGACCAGUACGUGUUCUUAAACCAGUGUGCCAUGGACAUCAUCAGAUCAAGAACUGGAACCAAUGUAGAUCUAAUCUACCAGAACAGUGCUGCACUGUCUAUUUACGAGAACUUAGAUUUCUUCAAAAGCGAGUUCCACGAUGCAUAGCCCCGAGAAAACACUCAGGUCUUCUACUUCGCAGACAUUUGAAAAAGGAACACUUUUAACUGAUUGCGCUAUAUUUAUUUUUUUAUACCUGUCACGCUUUUGUUAAUAAUCUUGUAGCUUUCUGAUUCAAAACCCAUAUUUUGUUGUAUUUAUUAGUUGAAAAUGUUGAAUGUUUGAUCAUGAAGGGAGCUGUAUAUGGAGAUACAACAGGGGACAUAAUCACUGACCAAUAAUAUUUGGAUUAUAUGUCAACUUUGGUCAAAGAUAAGAUCUCUUUCUCACUUUCUUAUAACUGCAGGUUUUUGUAUUGCUUAGUUUUUAUUUCAAGCUUGUUUACUACUGUAUAUGACUUACUGCUGAUUACAUUUUCUGCUCAGGUAAUAUGUUGGAUGCUGUAUAGAUAUUAUUACAGACACCUUUAAUGAAGAAACAUUUGUAAUGUUGAACCUUGGGAAUUGCCUUGGACAAAUAAUUGCUGGUAUGAAUACUAUGUGCCCUUUAAAAACCUGUAUGCUUUCGUGCCAGUAGGUGGCACUCCAUUAUUGUUGUCUUUAACUGAAAAAGACAAACAGGGACUGCUUUGUAGUUGCCUGUUAGACAAACCUUCAGUUUCCCGAUAUGAAUUGAAAUGUGCAAUGUCUUUGAAUGAAGGAGUUCUGUUUGUUUGUUGUAUAGAGACGUUUGUAUGUAUAUGCACUGUAGCGAAUAAUGCACUGGAUGCAUUUCUCUUUUUAUACACUGUCCACUUUUUUAACUAUACAGAUAUUUUCCUAUCGUUGAGUACAUUCUGGCCAGUGCUUUGUGAAACUGUUUUGCUAACACUUUGCUAUUCGCCCAACAUUCGAUUGUUUAAAUUUUACUUUUUUAAAGAGAUGGAUCGCCAAAAAACGAAAGCUCAGGAACUUAAAACAAUAACAGCUGAACAUUUUGCUGUGGAGGUAUGUUGUUAUAAAAUCUAUUACUGUACAAGUGUGUACUGUGAAGAAGGUCACGCCAGUGUUUUUGUUUUGUUUAUGUCCUUUCGCUACAUUGUCCUCAAAGAAACAACCAUGUUGUGUCACUUCCUGCCAACAUAUCUGGUCUAUCUGUGACAUUGAAAUCACCAGAGAAGCUUUAUUUUCAGCUUCUAAAGAGCAGAACUUUCAAUGAGGCAGGUAUGCUUUUUUUUUUAAAGAUAAUUGAUGUGUGGUUAGCCUGUAGAUAUUUUUUAAUCAAUGUCCAUUGAAAGCACUUAAUGAAAACAAGCUCACAAUGUUGGAUGAUGUUUUUGAAAUGCUUCAUGAGAUGAUUGCUGGUACAAUGCAAAUAAAUGUAAAAGGAGCCAAGAUUUGAUACUUUGUCAUCCUUCAAUGUGUGAAACUAUGUGGGAUUAAAGAUGUUGCUCCAUUUUGAACCCAA